GAUCGAUUUAGUUAAUGUACGUGCCUAGACGUUUCUGUAAAACCGUAUAAUGUAACUGCUUUGUAUGAACUCUACUUGAUGGCCGAACUCUGUUCAUCGCGGGCAAUCAGACGUUUUCAACAUUAACUAGCACGUGAGGUAGUAACAUAAUAAAAGGCGCGGCGGAAUUUUGGGACCUUAUUAACUAGUGACGCAGCUGUUAACAGAGUUUUCAUUGCAGCCAGUUAGGCGGGAGUGGAGGUGGUUCCCUACUUAACAUAAGUGACGUUAAGAUAUAUGCUUACCUCUGCGUUGAAGCAUAUUGUCCCAGUCCCAGGUGAUGGUUAGCUAGCAAGUUGGCUAGUAAGCUGAGAGUCUUACCCCAGACCAUAUGCCACUGUUCUCUCUGCUAAUGUGCCAUAUGUUCGCGCAUCAAGACGAGCGUCGAUUAGUGUGAAAAUGGGAUUAACUAACGGUUGCCUGCUUAACUACCUUCGUUAGCUAGCUGUGUGUUUAUUAUGCUCUCCGGCUGAUAAGAGAUUGCCAGCGUUGGACUGUCAUUUGACUUCAAUUAAAGUCUGAAACGUCACAACUCAUCACUUUGGGUGACGCCUUGAUGGAAGUAAGCCAGAUUCUGGUGUACAUCUGGAGUGGAGCGCACCCAUGGUCAGUCACAUUGGGAACACAGUAAAGCUGCUAUGCCAUGGAAGGUACCUUGUCAAGACCACUCUCUUCAGUAUCCCAGGGGACCGAUGGAGGAGUUAGCCCCAUAUGCAACCAUGCAGAGUCACACCUCAACGCAGACCAGGCGCUGCAGGUGGUGCCAAAGCGAUCAGAGAGCCCCAGUGUGACGGAGGAGACCGUCUUCAUUCCACAUUCUGUGACCUCGGUGGACGCUUGUACCAACACCGACCCACCAGACAAAUGUUGCGAAAGACUGCAGAUGAUAUGCCCCCCCAGGGGCAUCAUCGCUGCCCUCAUAACCAAAGUGACCAUGGCUGCUGUGCUUUUUGGGGUGGUUUGGUCCAUCACCGUAAAGGAGUGUGAGCCAGGGGGCAACCUGUUUGGCAUUGUCGUGCUCUUCAUCUGCGCCGUCAUAGCUGGCAGAGUAAUGGGGCUCAUCCGUCUCCCUAAACUACCUCCCUUACCACCUCUAUUGGGCAUGCUGCUAGCAGGCAUCCUCCUCAGGAACAUCCCUGUGGUCACUGACGCUGUCCAAAUCGACAAAGAAUGGUCAUCCUCGCUGAGGACAAUCGCGCUCGCUGUCAUUCUGGCCAGAGCUGGGCUGGGGCUGGAUUCAUCAGCUCUGAAGAAGCUGAAGGGUGUGUGUGUGCGGGUGGCCAUGGGACCCUGCCUGAUCGAGGCCAGCACUGUAGCUGUGGCCUCACACUUCAUUAUGGGACUGCCCUGGGUCUGGGGCUUUAUACUAGGGUUUGUUUUGGGAGCCGUUUCUCCUGCGGUGGUGGUGCCUUCCAUGCUGGUACUGGCAAAAGAGGGCUACGGCGUGGAGCAGGGGGUGCCCACCCUCCUCAUGGCAGCAGGCAGCUUCGACGACAUCCUGGCCAUCACUGGCUUCACCACCUGCCUGGGUGUGGCCUCUGCCACAGGGGCCGCCUGGUUUAACAUACUGCGAGGCGUAUUGGAGGUAUUCGGGGGUAUGGUGGCUGGAAUUUUGCUGGGCUUCUUCCUGCAGUACUUUCCCAGCAAAGACCAGAAACAUGUGGUGAUGAAGCGCUCCUUCUUUGUGCUGGGCCUCUCUGUGUUUGCUGUGUUUGGCAGUAAUGUGGCCGGCUUCCCUGGGUCCGGAGGCCUCUGUACACUGGUGCUGGCCUUCGUGGCAGGAGUGGGCUGGGGGGAUACAAAGGCUCCUGUUGAGGAGAUAGUGGGCAGGGCUUGGGACAUCUUCCAGCCUCUACUCUUUGGUCUCAUAGGUACUGAGAUCACCUUCUCCACUCUAGAUGGCCACCGUGUGGGUUUAGGUAUUGCAGCUCUUAUGAUUGCACUGGCUGUUCGUCUUCUCUUCACGUUUGUGAUGGUGAUGUGCGCAGGCUUCAAUUUCAAAGAGAAGAUAUUUAUAGCACUAGCCUGGAUGCCAAAAGCCACAGUGCAGGCAGCUAUUGGGUCCACGGCACUGGACAUGGCUCGCAAAAAGCAGGAUGCGGAGCUAGAGAGCUACGGGAUGGACGUGCUGACGGUGGCCGUCCUCUCAAUCCUCCUCACAGCACCCAUCGGAGCCCUCCUGAUCGGCCUCUGCGGACCAUUCCUCCUCCAGAAACCCAAGAACCCCUCUGCCUGGGGUCUGGGGGGCAGACAGUCGACAGACACCCCAGUCACCUAUGAGAGCGCCAUCUGAUGUGCUCUCCACUGCCAUGGAAUGGCUGGGGAAGGGGAGGUGUGUGGCAUUCGAAGAAGUGAUCUAUAACCCCAAAGGAAGUGCAGGUUUCGGCAAACCAGUCCUUUCGCCCAGGGGUUUGAUUGGAGCUUUUGCUGACAUGCUGCUGGUACGGGUGAAUCAUUGUGUAUUUAUAGUCCUGUAAACUCCAGCUUACAGGCUUCAUAAAAGGCUUAGACACUGACCCUCAUCUCAUGGAUCCACUAUACACCAUCCCUGCACCUGCCCAGUAACACAAGACUAAUCAGUCAAUAUUCCCAUACUAGGGGAGAUGGGGGGGGUCUGAUUUAUUUUUUAUUGUCAAAGGGGGUAACAAUUUUCAAAUAACAGCUUCAAAAUAAUUUUUGUGGUAAACUGAAUUGUAAUACGGCGAAUGGCGUCUGUGCCACUGCCACAGCAUGCCUGUUGCGCCUGGUAUUGCACUAUGUAACUUUAGGGUAGAGGGGCGUGAAACCUCUUGCAAUAACUACGUAAUGUUUUAUGGCACCACAUCUCUAUGAAAAGUUUGGGAACCACUGCACUAACCUUAUUUAUGCAAGUGGAUGCUUUGGAGAUACACUGAGAGUGCAAUAUCAACAGCAACCUAUUCACGGUGACAUGGUAUAUGACCUUGGUACCCAAUACCAAAAAUGUUUUUGUUAAAUUAUUAUUAUUGUCAGUUUAGGUUUUAGGGUUGAAUUGUAAGUGACUUCUAAUAAAGUUUAGGAUUAUAUUGCAAACUACUUCUGAUAUUGGUGAAAAUUGGUUGUCGAUUUUCUGUAGGAACAGAAGUGAAUAAAUUACAUUUUAAAGGCUGAUAAUUAUAUAUAUCAAAAUAUUAUGGAGAAUAGCCAUUUUUGUCAAAUUUAUGCUUUGUUUGCAACAUUUUCUUAUGUUGAAGGGAAAGCAGAACUGGGUCAUGACAGAGAUUAAUCGCGGCCUUUAUGUGUAACUGUUGUGGUUCAGGUGAGCCUUUUAUUCAAGAUGCUUAUCUUCCUUUACAUUUCUCCAUUGAGGUCAGGUUUUAAAAAAAUGAUUUAUUAUUGUUUGCUCUUUCAUUGUCUUGUUACUGAAUGUUUAUGGUUUUGUUUUACUGGUGUGGUGAUGAUAGCUUUAAUAUGUUUUGUAUCGUGAAGCUUGUACAACCUCUAUAGGGCUUUCUGUGUUUACAAAAAAACACUACAGAGCAAUAUUCUACAUUAGUGAUAUUGUGUGUUUUUUUUGAGGUAUCAUAAAAUAAACAGGUUGUAUGCGAA